AUGGCCAGCUUGGCACUCGAGAAGGAGGACGAUGAGUUCGUUGCGCCCGGUACUCCUCCCGCAAAACCAAAGGCUGCUUCCAACUUGUCUUCCAAGAAGGAGAAGCAGCCCAAGGGUGGCAAGGCCGAGAGCGAGCCUGCGAAAGGUACUUUGGCAUCGGCACGAAGAGCAUUGAACUGGCAGUUGGCUCAGUGUGAGAAGUCCAAGGACAAGAAGUGCAAAGACUGCAAGAGGUUCAAGCCUCUAGAGUGCUACAACCAAGAUCAAAGCUCUUGCAAAGAGUGUUUCAACGACCUUCGGUCCUUCUUCAGAGUGUGUGACUCGCAAGGCCAGAAGCAGGAAGUGCAUAGGCUCAUGGACGAGGAGCCCGAAGUCUUCGAUGCUUUGUUCAAGGACUUCAUGAAGAAAAGGAAGUCGGUGCGGAAGGCCGGUGCCCGCAUCAAGUUCAGCGUCGCGAGCUUUCUCCUCGAAUGGAAGAAGCAAGAGGGAGUCAGAGCAGCUGAGGAAGGGGAGCUCAUGUGGCAGGGCGAGUUUCGCGAACUGGCUGCCAAGGCCAAGUACGGUUACAUGACCAGGGAGGAGGCCGACGCAGAGUGGGCCAAGAUGGAGCAGGAGGCAGACAGGAGAGGAUACCUCCGCCUCUACGUCAAGACCAGAGACCUUGUCCAGAAGUACACGGACACGAGCUUCAGCAAGAAACUAACUCAGCAGGAGCAGAUGAAGAAGGCGAGUGCGGAUGCCCUCGAGAAGCGUCGCGGCUUCGUCUUUGGUGAUGGGGACGGGUUGGAGAACCACGGUGCUGCCAGCGACGACUUUGCAGCCCUGCGGGACAGCGCUUUGCUUGCAGCCGGCAGCGGUGGUGCCCCUACUUCCUUGCUUGAUGAUGCGAUUUCGGAGUCCAUCAAAGAUGCCCGGGACAUCAUUGAGAAGAAGCAGAAAAGGAGCAAGGGCGGUGGCAAAGGUGGCAGGGGCAGCAAGACCGACAAGGCCUCCGAGAAGCCCGAGUCAGAGGCGGAGGACGAGGAGACGGACGACCAUGAGGGCUCGGACGCGGAUGCCACGGAGCAGGAGAAGAUCGCUGAUGGUGGCCAGGGCCAAAGCAAGCGCUCGCGGAAGGGUGGCGACAAGGGCGGCAAGGAUGAGAAAUGGUAUGAUGCCGAGACAAAGAACCUCAAGGCAGAGCGGGAUCACCAGCGAGCCGUGGACGGAUUGAGGCAGACCAUGGAGGCGACGAGUAUUCCGGAAUUGCUGGGGCCCAUGUCCUUCGAUAAGAGGGAGUUGGCCUUCCAGAACGAGCUCAAUGUCGUCCUCCGCAGACAGGAGUGGUUGAUUGCAGUUUUGGAGAGCAACGAAGAGAAAUUGCUUGAGCUGCUCCAGGGCGACAAUGUUAGUGAUGCUGCAAGCACCGGCGACUCGCGGGACUUGUCCGCUGCUGCCAGAGCUGGGCCAUGCGCUGGAUAUACCGGCUUGAAGCCUUUGCAGGUCUUGUGUGACCACGGUCAGAAGUACCGGAGCUGUCAGUGCCCGACCGACCUGAAGAAGGUGACGGAGGAGAUCACCCCAUUGAAGAAGCUCUUUGUGGUGCUGAUCGGCUCUUGCAAGACGGCGGUGACGGAGCUUCGUGGAGCGAAGCAAAGGUCCAUCAAUGCGGAUGAGGCGGCAAAAAAGAGGCGAGAGAAGGAGGAGGAGACUGAGCAGCGGAAGCGUGCUGCUGGCAAGAAGAGUGGCCGCCCCGCUGCCGGCCCGCAGCCGACAGUUGAGCAUCCGGUGUUCAAGAUCGAGGGUCGGGGCCAGGCCAACUUCGCCAUCGAUCACAGUGCCACUCGCUGGGAUGAUGGAUGGCAGAUGAUUGAUGCCUGCAUACUCACCGGGGUCGAGGCCAAAUUCCUGUGCGGGGACGAGGACGUCAGCAACAAGGUCGAGAAGUCUUUGGUGGACUUCGCAAAAGCUUUCAACGAGAGCUCCCUCAAGGUGACAGAGGGCCGCGCAGCCCAGCCGUUGGACGAAGGCCACACGACUGCACUCAUCAGGUCCUUCGAGAAGAUGUUGCCAGAUCAUGUGAAAGGUGACACUCUGUUGCUGACCAAUGAUGCGGUGCAGACAAAGGCUUCGUUGAAGAAGUCGCUUGCUGCCCAGGCAUUUGGCUUUGCUGCCGGGCACGUCAGUCCCGGACGACCGGAGCUGAAUCAGCACAGCUGCUUCCGAUGGUGCUGGAAAGGCACUCGUGAAAUCGCCCUCGUUGUGACCGACGAGGUUGUCGCCUUCUUGAAGGCGACCCAAGGCGAUGGCGUGGAUGCUUCGUAUCAUGGAGCCAUGAGCUGGGUGAAUGGUGCGUCUGUGGAGGAACUUGAGAAGUUCUUGAAAGACCACCCAGGUGCUAUCAGGUAUGGGACUGUUGGCCCUCGAGAUCUUUUGUUUGUGCCAGCUGGAACACUUGUGUUCCACAGGGUCGGCGCCUCCUGCGAUGUCCUUGGGAUUCGGUGGGGUGCUUUGAUGGCAAGUGUGGACGGCAAGUGUCUGCCGCAGUGGCACAAGGAGGCGCAGAAAACCGUGCUGGCCGACGCCAUUGAGUUGCUGGCUGCUCAGGAGAAAAGCAAGGAAGAAAAGGCUGCGGCUGCUGUGGCUUUGGCCGCGGCUGCACAGGCCCACAAGCCCAAUGAUCAAAAGCCGGCUGAGGCUGGCGCUGAGGCAUCUGAGCCGUCUGAUCCAUCGGCAGCAGUGCCUCAGUCACAUGAGGAUGCGGAGAAGAAGCGAGAGAACCCGGAUGCGGCGGCAGAAGGCAGCCCCAGCAAGAGGAUUAGGUUGACCUAG